AUGAUUAUAGAUAGGUGGCCCCUGUCCAUUCUUCACGUCUGCAAUGUUUUGCAUGCCCAGGCCCAGCAGAAGCUCUGUUCCAGAAGCCAUACUAUGAGGGACUCAAGAGGAUUCUCAAGCCAGGUGGAAUCCUCUGCUCUCAAGGCGAGUCCAUGUGGUUUGAUCUGAAGCUUAUUGAAGAGAUGAUGGACAUGUGCCGGACCCUGUUUCCAGUGGUCAACUAUGCCUCAAUCUACACGCCCACCUACCCCAGCGGACAGAUCGGUUUCCUGCUCUGCUCCACAUCGCCUGACACGGACUUCCAUAGCCCGCUGCAUAAGUUCAGUGAGGAGCAGCUGCGGAACAUGAAGGUCCGGUACUACUCGCCCGAGAUGCACCAGGCAGCUUUGGCCCUGCCCCGGUUCGUCAAACAGGCCCUGUACAAGUGAGUGACAUACUACCAACAUUCCAGUUGAUGCGGGUGCAGGAUCACCUUGCGCCACGCUGUUGGAAGCUGUGGCCGAUACUCGGAGCUGCCGUUUUUCUACUCUGUGUGCACUGCAUUUCCUUUGGAAAUUUCGGACCACCGCAUACGUCCAUGUUAUAUAUUUGUUCUGCAAUGAAUAAAGCGAUAUUUUAUGUUCACUAA